GGCGGGGGCGGGGAGACCGGCGGCGGGGCGGGCGGCGCCGAGGGCGGGCGAAGACGCGGUUGCGCCGUCGGUGUAGCCCCCGUCCGCCACACAGCCGCCAUGUUGUGCCGCUUCGCCUCGGCGGGCAGAAGCAGUGCCAAGUUGAUAGCGCCGUUGGGAUGCUUGGUCUCUAGGCAAAAACACACUCUUCCUGACUUGUCGUAUGACUAUGGCGCUCUGGAACCUCAUAUUAAUGCAGAGAUCAUGCAGCUGCACCACAGCAAGCAUCAUGCCACCUACGUGAACAACCUGAAUGUUACAGAGGAGAAAUACAAAGAGGCGCUGGCAAAAGGUGAUGUUACAGCUCAGGUGUCACUUCAGCCUGCACUGAAGUUCAAUGGUGGGGGUCAUAUCAAUCACACCAUCUUCUGGACAAACCUUUCUCCUAAUGGAGGAGGAGAGCCUAAAGGAGAAUUGAUGGAAGCCAUCAAGCGUGACUUCGGUUCCUUCGCGAACUUCAAGGAGAAGUUGACAGCUGUAUCAGUUGGUGUUCAGGGAUCAGGCUGGGGUUGGCUUGGCUAUAACAAAGAGCAGGGACGCCUACAAAUAGCAGCUUGUGCAAAUCAAGACCCUUUGCAAGGAACAACAGGUCUCAUUCCUUUGCUGGGAAUUGAUGUAUGGGAACAUGCUUAUUAUCUUCAGUAUAAAAAUGUUCGACCUGAUUAUUUGAAAGCCAUUUGGAAUGUGAUCAACUGGGAGAAUGUAUCUUCAAGAUAUGCAGCUUGCAAAAAGUAGAGUGGUAUUCUUGCACAGACUACUAAAAUGUCACCACUUCUACUCUGAUACCACUGUAGUAGUGCCUGUGGCUUACAAAUGAAUUGCUCUACUGCAGAAAACACUUAGCUCAUCCAACAAAAGCAUUUCAUAAUCAAGCAAAGUGUCUGCUUGUUUAAUUCUGUGAGAGGUAUUUACUUAGAUUUUUGAAGCUUUAAACUGUUGUGCAACAAAGGGAGACACUUUAAAUAGUCUUUUCCAUUGCAUAUAAAACAUAGAUCACUUUGCUGAAGCUUAUCGAGGUAAUGGAUUUCCUUGUUGCACUGAAAUACCUAAGUGGAAACAUGUACUUUAUGUUGCUAUAAACAAAUAAAACUCAAAAGAAGAAUCUUCUAUAA